UUCAACAACUUCAGCCACACAGGACAAUCAGAGAGCUGCACAGGACAUUAAGCAAGUUGGCUUGCCCGCCACUCCCGUCGGCGCUAGCCUGCACGUGCACAUGCAUGCAAAAGUAAGCGGCGCGUGCAACAGUCGAGGGGGAGGGCGAUGCGACGCAGACGCUGGUGAUGAAUGUGACGUCACUUUUUUUUGAAGUCGAAAAUCCAGCUCCGGGCGCCGUCUGAUCGUGGUGGUCAAGACAUUCAAUAGCAGCGGAUCCUGACUGCCCUUGGAUGCUGGUUCUUCUUGGACUGUGAACCAGUCUUGGUUGCUGACUCUUCUUGGCUCAUGGUUCGGUGCUGAACCUGCUGCAGCAGUAGAGACGCGCGCGCGCACGCGCGACGAGUUGUUUGAGUAGCGACGCGACGAAGUGGAAGAUAAAUCACUUGUUUUUGACCGGGUGUGAAACGGAAGGUUCUGGGAAAGGGGUGGACGAGGGAGAGAAGUUUCAACGCAGAGGCAGACAUGCGAUAGGGGGCGCUAGCGUGCGCACACGCACAGGGACACAAAGGAUUUGUGCCGCGCACGACGACCCUGGCAUAGCUGCAGCAGCAGCUGUACGGCGCGUGUCGCUGAAGUAGCGACAGGAGGAGCAAGCCGCGGAGCCUGCUCCCCCUCCCUUGCUUCCCCGAGGCAGGAGCGAGCGGACUGCAUCCAGCACGCGCCACCGUCACCAGCGCUAGACGCACCGCUGCCCUACAUACACCACCGCCAGCUUUCACCGCCUUUUCACCAACAGCCGUGAGAGCCAUCCAUCACAUGCCGGGCGGACUGGACUCUCGUGUGAGACCGUGACUCCCAUAGCAGUAGCAGCAGCGACAACACAAACAUGCAUUGGCGACAACAACAACAUCAGUGGAAGCAGAGCGCGACUUUGCCACUGCCGUGAGGGGGUGGACAUGCAGCGCUGGAAAUGACUCUUGACCCUGACUUACAUAAAGAAAAAAAAUCACUUGGCUAAAGCCACGAGUAGCCACAUAGUCUAUCGAUUAAGUAAUCGUGUUUGAUUUUCCACUCCAUCACUGCUCCAGAUCCUGUUAGAAAACGCACUUUUUACUGGAGAGAGGCGUAGUCGCAGACCCGGUCUACACUACCAGGGGAGACAAGCCGCAGGCAGACAAGGAAUGACGGACGGUCCGGUCGUUGUUAAAUCAAGAAGUCCAACGGACAGAAGGUCAGUGCAGGUCUUUGUUGACCAACAACCACAGUCUUGAGGAAAUUCUGCUGCAACGUCCCCGCUCCUUCCCUCCACCCAUCCCGGCGCGCACUCCGCCAGGGGAUUGAACCCUCGACCGUUGCUUCCUCCCAGUCCGUCAGCAGGAAGCGCGUCGUCGUAGUCGUGGCCGCUGCAGCCUUCGCCCCUGGGAUUAGCUUCCGGCAGACAUGGGUCGGUGCCGCUUUCGACCUUUGACCUACCGCAUCGGGGUGUUUCUCCUCUUGCCUGCCUUUCUGUUGGUGGCGGCGGGGUAUGGCCUACCCUAUUGGCUGCGCUUCAGCCGAGGCUGGACUCAGGGUCUGUGGCACAUCUGCUCGCCGGAUAAACCCAGUCCUUCUGGAUGCACCCUCCUCGAUAAUGUUGAUGUGUUCUUGAUGGUGGUGCGAGCGCUGGUGGGCGUGUGCCUGGGUCUGUACAUCAUGGCGUUCACGAUGGCGCUGCGGGAAAACUGUUGUGCACCCACCUUCUACACCUGCACGCUGGCCGGCCGCAAGACCGAGGUCUUCGCCUUUCUGGCUGAAAUCUUCGGUUUUGCCGGCAUCAUCGUGUACAGCAUCGACGAGUUCACAAUGAACGGCAACCUCAUUCGGCUGUCUUGGGCGCAUGCGCUGUGCGGCCUGGGGCUGUUCCUAUCUCUGAUUGGCUCCAUCAUGAUGGCGUGUUCACAGCAGUCGCUGCCAGCAGCCAAAGCAGCUGCAGGCCGCAUCAUCGCCAAGGCACCGGGCUACGAGAACCUGGGCCACAACCGCUCCGCCUCGCUGCAAAGCCGCACGACAAUCAAGACGCAGAUGUCGCCCUACCAGGGUCGGUCCGCGCCGGUCAUAUCCGGACCUUACCCGUCCGCAGCAGCCGCAGCCGCCGCCUCCGCGACCGUCAGCCCCAAGCCGCCGCGCGCCGCCGCCACGGUCACCGCGACCGGUGGGAGCCAGUCGGAAGCGGUUCACGGCGGCAGAACGUCGACCUCCAUGCACUCGCUGGAUGCUCCGGCCUCGCCCUCCAGACGACGGACGUCAGGGGCUGGACAGGAGCGGCAGUUUGCUGGUGUCCACAAUCAAGGCAAGCAUCCUCCACUGUUUGCUAACCAACACUUUCCAGAGUGAGCGACGCCUGCACAACAGCACCAGCCUGGAAGGGGCUUGGAGCGAGGAACGCCGCGUGUUGGACCCAGAAGGGGCGGAGCGAGCUUUGCGCAUCCGAGCCGAGCAGCAGUACCGCCUGGAGCAAAUGGCGCUGGCGCGGGCGGAGCAGCAGAGCUGGAAUGCUUCGGACGAGCGGGAGAGGUCGUGGGGCAGCAUUCGCACAGCAGUCUGCUGACCCAGCAGCACCAGGAGCGGCAGUUCCACUCCCACGUGCAGCUCCAGGCUUGUCAUCCAGCCUACCCUCCCCCUCCGCCCCCUUCUGCCGCUGUCCCACCCUACGCUCACCACCCGAACCCAGUGAACCACCACCUGGCAGCCGCUGUCCCACCCUACCCCCACAACCCUAACUCUGUGAGCCACCACCAUCAGGGAGCCGCUGUCCACCCUACGCCCAGCACCCUGACCAUCAGCUGUUCAACAACAUUACGUGGAAUAUCAGAGCUAUCCGACGAUGCAAGGGAGGCAAUCGCUGCCACAGAACGUCGCGUAUUCCUACACCGGUUAUCCUUCCUGUCUGGCCAGCCAAGGGACGCAAACCCGGCCUGAUUCCGGCAGUUUUCCCGACCCGCCCACGCCAGAGCAGUUACUAUCCCUGACGGGGAUGUACCCCGAAGACAGGGGAGUGGAAGGACCUGGGUACUCGUGCCCUACCCAGGCGUCGUGCAAGGAAUGGAGGGUCAGCAGGUGGAGGCGCUGCAGCCCAUGGUGGUGUACCGUGCGCCCUCGCAGCCUGGCAUGAGUCCAGUAAUGGAGACGGUGGUUAUCAAACCUCAGGACCCGUACCCCGCCGCCAACAACCCACGUCCGGUCACCCCGCACAGCUCGCCUCUCGCGCCCACCAGCCACCAGCGCCAGCACUACCACCAGCAGCAGCUGCAGCAUCACCACCAGCAGCAGCUCUUGCACCACCACAUCAACAACAACACCAGACGUUUCCUCGCCAGAGCCAGGCACAGCUGUUACAUGAGCAGCCCUACUCCACCUUUGGGCGAUGAGGUCACGUGUGAAGAAAAAGUACGCAUAGACUGAUGACGUAGUGCGCAAAUAAUGAUUUGUGCGCAAAAUAAUGACUUCGCUAAGACUGAAACACAGAAAUGUUGAUGUGCGAAAACAUGAAACUUUGAAGAACGAGAAAUGAUCGCUGUAUGAUCGUCACCUUUGCGUGAAUAAUUAGUCUAUGCCACCAGCAACAGCUGAUUGACACGUCAGCUACUGUACUCGCAAGACAGUGACACGCAUGCCAAAAAGCAUUUGGUAGUCAGAGCAUGUUGGAAAUAAAACUUCAUGGUUCGAUGGACUCUUUGGUCGAUGACUUGAUAUGAAACCAGACUGCUCGUGAACCUUUAACAUCCGCUUGUAACAGUUCGUCAACACUGCUGACUAACACAAUCAUGAUUGUGAGCACCGUUCACUGACUGGUUUAGUCUUGGUGCUUGAGCGAUUGCCACGUGCCAAAGAAAUAUUUGCAAAGCUUUUCUGAGGGCGUAGUCGACAUCCUAGCUUGUGCUGCUUCAUCUUCAUGUGAUCCAUGAGCCUGGAAACAUUCCUUCUGGCUCCUAGUUUAUUGUGGAGAGAAAAAAAACUCUUAGCUCCACUGACAUUUCGCCAAAGCGUUUACAGGUGCGUGCGUGAAUACGCCAAGAUGUUCGCCUUGAUUUCUCAAGUUUGGUGACUCAAUGACCCCUGACUGACUGACUGACGGUUGAGUGUCACUGCGUUUGUUAUUUAAGACAUCGUCAUACACUGUGUAGCAUUCGUGUCUAGAUCUCAUCAGGUUGAUGCCAAAGUUCCAAACAGAGGCUCUCUCUUCUCUCUCUCUCUAUGUCCAUCGUUUCCACAAUCGCUGUAAAUCCGCUUGUAUGGCUGUACCACCCGCACAUGUUUAUUUAGAUAGGUUUUCUGCAGUCUUGUGUCAUGGACGCCAUUCUCCUUUCUUUUGCGUGUAGCUUAAAGAAUAGUAAGGGUACAAUUUUUCUGAUGAUUGCUAGAAGCUUAGUGCAAGAUACUAUUUCAACAAAUUUGGAUGAUUGCACCCUUCCGUUCUCGAGAUACACGCCCACAAACAGACGUCAGGAUUGUACGUGGAUGCGUCUGCGUUAUCAUGGCUUCAGCCAAAUGGAGAGUUGGAAAAUAUGUUAAUUAGACGAGUGGGAUGAGAUAUAGAGAGGGAGAGCGAGUUUAGUUUUUCAUUCACAUCCAGAAGAACCACAAGGAUGAAGUGUGCGUCUUCUGUGCUGUAUUACCUGUAAACUCCACGUAGUCUCGUGAUACAAGGUAGCCUUCAUAGACGAGACUAAAAAGAAAUUUGUCAAGUAAAAAGAUAAUUUUGAACUAACAGGUCGUCAGUCAGGCCUACAAGAUGAUGCAUGUGUUUCCUUCAGAUUCAGUAUUUUUCUUUGUUAAUAAUAAAAGGUUUUCUGGCUCAAGCGUUAGCAUCGGUUUUCCUCCCUCUUCCAUAAAUCAUUUCGCAAACACCAGACAGGUUGUCUUUCCUGACGUCACACUUCAGUGACUGUUACGACUAGGAAGGCAAGAGAAUGAACAACACUUUUUCUGCAAAACCGGGAAAAAAUGUAUUCCAUGGUCUACCGAUAUUAGAAUUACCCGAAGUGGUUCACACCAAUCCAUACCAGACAACUCGCGGACUGUUUUAUUUCCACUCACUUGGAUUGUUUCCCUUUAGUCUUAGCACCGUCGGACUAGUGGACAGAAAGAAGAGUUAUCUCCCGUGAGAGUUAACAUUGUUAUAUUAGGCAGCUUUUUAUUCCUCCUUUCUUCAGUCCUUCUUUUGUGCCUUCUGUACCUUAAGAUCAGAACGCAGUCGAUCAGCUGGACUCUUCUCUCGCGCUGCAGGUGUUUGGUGAGAGUAUUGCGAGUGGUCUCCCUUCUCCACAACUGCGUGUGCAUCUUUUUCAGUGACAAAUUAAAAAACAAGCUUUAAUUAAUUCUAGAUAACAGUCUUUUAACAGAUGUGAUCCAGCGUGAAAAAAUAAUGACUUACCAAAAAAACGCCCU